UAUAACUAAGACUAAAAAUGCAGAUGAUAUCAACCGUUGAUCCAUGAUACAAAAGAUUCAUAAAAAAAAAUUCCAAAAAAAAAUCCAUCGUAUGUCGCAUCCCUAAUUCCGUUCUAUGCAUGAACCUCAAUUCCCAGCAUUUUUCGAAUUGAAUCGAUGAUGGGAGACAUUGCAAGUGAAGAACAUCAACGAUCAUUCGCAGCUCCUCUCAUAUUUAUCAUCGUUCUCGCUUUUCAAUUCGCUUCCUAUUGGAUUGAUCACCUCAAGAAGGGUGGAUCUGAGAAGGAAAAAGAAAUUCAGUUGCGUGCAGAAAUAAAACAACUUUUGAAGGAGGCAAACUCCAUGUCGCAGCCAUCCACCUUUGCACAAGCAGCAAAACUCAAAAGACAGGCAGCUGCAAAGGAGAAGGAACUUGCAAAGUGUCAAGAUUUACAUACCAGGGACACAACUUUGUAUUCAAAAGUUCUGCUCGUCUCAAAGGUUUUAACAUAUUUAAUUUUGCUUAUCUGGUUUUGGAGGUCUCCUGUGGCUAGCAUAUCUCAACAACUCGUGCAACCAUUUGGGAGAUUGUUAUCUUGGAGGACUGGAGGAGUUCAAAAUAACAAUAUUAUGGUUGGCAUAAUACCUUGGCUAGCAGUAACUUCCAGGGUUAGCAAACUUAUUUGUAAACUCACGUAUAGCAAAUAGACUAUAGUGAUCUUCAUCUAGAAUGGCUGAUUGGUAGCUGGUUGGACUGGUAUCCUUGAUUUAAAAUGGAAUGAACAGGAUGUUACUAGGUUUGUACAUCUUGAAAUUAGUCCUUCCUGCUUGUUUUUAUGAUAUCCAUUUCCUCUGGUGGUUGCGCUUUCUUUUGUUACUUGAAUAUUUUUUUGGAUACUUAUUAAGAAAUUUUGUCUUUAAAUACACUAUCAGAAGUAAUGUAUUUGAGCAGAUUUGAACAUUUAGAAGAGUGAAAUGAGAAAGUCUUUAAAUCAAUAUUCUAAAUACUGCAUUGGCCUGAUCUAUCUGGUAACUGAUAUGUGCUUAUAAAAUUGAGGAGUGUAUAUUAACAUUAUGUUGUUGGUUUGGUUGAAUUUGACUCAAACCUCCUUAGCAAAGUCUCAGAUUCAAACAUUGUGGAUUUGAUGAGGAGAUUUUGUUUUUGAGGAUCUAUGUUACAUGAAUUCAUCUUAAUUUUAUUCAACGAGAUUUGAUUUGUUAA